AUGGAUGCUAUGGAGAAUAUACUCCAGGUAGUCGAGCGAGGUGAGGCUACUCUAGCUGGCGUGGUUGGACUCGGGCGUAAUCCUAAUCCCAUUCUAGAAAUCGGGGUCUCACAGGAGGUUGGCCAAUUUGAAGAACCUUCACAAACAAGCAAAGUAGUGGUACCGACAGAAGGUCCAGCAAAUGGCGCAGAGUCGGAGGUACCUCAGGUGACCACAAAUUGGGCUUCAGAAUAUUCAGAAACAUCAUCAAGUGAGCUUCCACAAUACAUACCACAUACACCAACAAACAGCGACGACAACACUCGACUUGAUGCAACACAACAGCUCACAAGCUCCUCAGAAUCAGAAUCAGGAAUAUCCGCACAUCCAGAAACCUUGACUUCAUCCACCAUAACAACGUCCUUGACAACAAGCUCAUCGACGGCGACAACAACAAUAACAACAUCGUCAUCAUCAUCCUCAUCAUUGUCAACUUCUUCAGAAACAACUACUAGCACAACCCAGAGUGCCCCCACAGAAUCACCAACCGAUACCGCAGAGACGAGCGCGUCAAAAAGUUCAAGCUCCACCAACACAAAGCUAGCCAUCGCCCUCCCAGUAACCAUAGUCGGCCUCCUCAUCAUCGCAGUAUUAACAUUCUUCUUCCUAAGACGCCGCAGACGCCUCAACGCCAAAUCAGAAUACAACAUCGCAACCGGUCAGACAAGAGGACUCUCGACAGCGGAGUUAAUGGCUCUCCAGAAGGUCGGAAGCUCUGGCCCAGCGGUAUCUAGCAUGCACCAUCUACCAGUCAUCCAAGUACCUCAGUAUCAAGAGCGUGCACCGGGUCCUGGCUCUGCGAUGGCUCGAGCCGGGCUUGAUGAUUCACACACAGAACUUGGACUCCCUGUUGCUGUUCCGUUGGAUCAGAGACGCAGUGCGCCAGAACAGGACCUGCCUCGAUUCAGUGGGUCUGCGUCAAGGACUUCGACGCCGAGAAUGCCGUUUGAGAGUCGGGGUGGUGCUGAUACUGAUGCUGAUGAUGAUGAUAAUUUUUCGUUUGUCUCUGGUAUGAAUGAGAGACGGAAUCGUGAUCAGGAUUUCGAUGAUAUGUCGUCUGUUUCCUCGUUUGAGGAUGAUGAAAAUGAGCACAAUGGGAAUGGUCACCAUACUAAUUCACGGUGA